AUGUCUAAUAGCUUGCUCACUGUUCCUAGUGUUAAAAACACACAAGUAGAUCUUGAUAGACUUACAAAUGAAAUCAAGAAAGUUUGUAAAGAGAGACACCUUCUUGAUUCUAAAGUAUGGUUAGAAAAAGUUCUCCAACUUUAUCAAGUCCAAGUCAUACAUCAUGGUCUUAUGAUGAUUGGGCCAUCCGGUUCUGGAAAAUCAAUGGCAUGGAAAGUAUUGUUUCAAGCUUUAGAACGUGUUGAAGGAUGCAAAAAUGUUACUUACAUUAUUGAUCCUAAAGCUAUGUCUAAAGAUGCACUUUAUGGCAAUUUAGAUCAAAAAACUAAUGAAUGGAAAGAUGGUUUAUUCACUCAUAUUUUGCGUAAUAUUAUUAAACAUGUUUGUGACAAAAUUUUCAAAAGACAUUGGAUUAUAUUUGAUGGCGACAUUGAUCCAGAAUGGGUUGAAAAUUUUCGUUGUGGUACUGUGUGGUUCUCAUCGGAAGUAGUUACUCUUGAAAUGAUAUAUUAUAAUUAUUUGGAAAAAUUAAAAUACAUUCCUUUGGAUGAUGACAAGGAAGAAGUAUCUUCUAUUUGUAAAGUUGAGAGUAGAGAAAAGUCAGUCUCAUCGCAUCUCAGCAUACAAUACGCAAUCUCUAACAUUCUUAGUAAGCAUAUGACUAAAGAUGGAUUAGUUACAAGAACUCUUAUACAAGCUGAAAAAUUCGAUCAUGUUAUGGACUUUACUUAUAUGCGGGUGCUUAAUACAUUAUUUUCAUUACUAAACAAAACUGUUUGUAAUGUAAUUGAAUAUCACAUACAACAUCCUAAUUUUCCAAUGACAGCAGAACAUUUAGAGAAAUAUGUGACAAAACGACUAAUUCUUUGUGCUAUUUGGAGCUUCUCUGGAGAUGCUAAAUUUGAUAAUCGUGUUGAGUUAUGCAAAUUUGUUUGUGGAAUAACUUCAGUCGAUUUACCUCAUGUAUCAACGAGUUCAAUCUUAAUUGAUUAUGAUGUUCAAAUCAAUAAUGGUGAAUGGAUAUUAUGGGCUGACAAAGUCCCAACCAUUAAAAUUGAAUCUUUUAACUUAUCAAUGAUCAUUCCUACAGUUGAUACCAUCCGUUACCAAGACAUAUUAUGCUCUUGGCUUUCAGAAUACAAACCUCUUUUAUUAUGUGGCCUACCUGGAUCUGGAAAAAAAUUGAUUUUAUUUAGUGCCAUUAAACAAUUGCCAAAUAUGAAGGCCGUCAGUCUUAAUUUUUCUACCGUUACUACACCCAAAUCGAUUUUAGAAAUAUUCAAUCAAUAUUGUGAAUAUCAUAAGACUCCAAAUGGUGUUAUUUUGUCACCAAUUGCCAUUGGGUACAGACUUGUAAUAAUUUGUAAUGAAAUCAAUCUUUCUGUAACCGAUCAGUAUGGUACUCAAAGUGUAAUCUCUUUCUUGAGGCAAUUGAUUGAAUGUGGUGGUUAUUGGAGAAUGUCAGAUAAAGCAUGGGUUAAGUUAGAACGAAUACAAUUUGUUGGAAUUUGUAAUCCUCCAACUGACCCUUACCGUGCGCCGUUAUCUCACAGAUACCUUCGUAAUACCCCUUUAAUUAUGAUGGAUUGUCCUGAUGAAAUUUCACUUGAUCAGAUUUAUGGGACCUUUACUCGUACCAUGUUAAAAGUUGCUCCUUCACUUAAAGAAUAUGCUAAACCAUUGGCAGCUUCGAUGGUUGAAUUUUAUUUAAUGAUUAAAAAACGGUUUACUCCAGAUAUUCAAUCCCAUUAUAUUUACUCUACCCGUGAAUUGACUAAAUGGAUGAGAGGUAUAUUCGAAUCAAUUAAACCUAUGAAAGUUCUUAAUGUUGAAGGUUUGAUACGUAUUUGGGCGCAUGAAGCUUUGCGAUUAUUCCAAGACCGUCUUGUCACUGAUGAGGAAAGGAAAUGGGUAGACGAAAAAAUUGAUCACAUUGCUAUAAACCAUUUUCCAAACUUGAACAAAUCUGAAGCUUUGCGUCGUCCAAUUUUAUUCUCUAGCUGGCUAUCCAAAAGUUAUAUCUCUGUUGAAUACGAAGACUUACAUGAUUAUGUUAAAGCUCGUCUCAAAAUCUUUAAUAAAGAAUUAGACGCCUCAUUAGUUUUGUUUGAUGAUUUCAUGGAUCAUAUUCUCCACAUUGAUCAUGUAUUUAAACAAAUGCAAGGGCACUUACUUUUAAUUGGUGUAAGUGGGUCUGGCAAGACUACUUUGUCUAGAUUUGUCGCUUGGAUGAAUGGAUUAAGUGUUUUCCAAAUUAAUGCGCAUAACAAGUAUACUAGAGAUGAUUUUGAUAAUGAUUUAAGAACAGUCUUAAAAAGGACUGGUUGUAAAGGGGAAAAAAUUUGUUUUAUAAUAAAUGAAUCAAACAUGUCAUGUUCAAGUUUUUUAGAGCGUAUGAAUACGCUCCUUGUUAAUGCUGAAGUUCCUGGAUUAUUUGAAGGUGAUGAGUAUAAUGCUUUAAUAACAAGUUGUAAAGAGGGUUCCCAAAGGGAUGGAUUAAUGAUAGAUUCUUCAGAAGAAUUAUAUAAAUGGUUCACACUUCAAGUAAUAAAAAAUUUACAUAUUAUAUUUACAAUAAGUCCUCCUGAAGAUGGUCUCGCUUCUCGUGUAGCAAAAUUUCCCGUUCUUUUCAAUUGUUGUGCUUUAAAUUGGUUUGGCGAUUGGUCUGAUCAAACACUCUUUCAAGUAGGCAUGGAACUCACCCAAAAUUUGGACUUGGACCAUCAAGCAUAUUCAGCUCCUAGCAAUUUCCCUAUUAUGUAUAGACAAUUUCCUUUGCCGCUUUCAUAUCGUUCUGCCGUUAUGAAUGCAUUCAAUUUCGUCCAUAAGUCCCUUUAUGAAAUUAAUGUAAAAUUAAACAAACGUCAAGGUCGUUAUAAUUAUGUAACCCCGUGUCAUUAUUUGGACUUUAUCACCCAUUAUGUACGAUUAUUCAGUGAGAAACGUAAAAAACUUGAGAAACAGCAACGUCAUUUAAACAUUGGAUUAAAUAAAUUAAAAAUACUUAUUACUACAAUUAAUAAUCUUCGUAACGAUAUAAAAAUAAAGUGUAAUGAGCUUCAAGAAAAGGACCAUGAGGCUAAUGUUCUAUUCAAGAAAUUGAUUGAAGAUCAAAACGAAGCUGAAAAGCGCAAAAGGGAUUCAGAAGAAAUUUCACUUGCUCUCAAAGUCCAAAUUGAAGCAAUUGAAGAACGUCGAAUAUUUUUAAUGGAUGGAUUGUCCAAUAUUGAAUUGACUAUUGAGGAUGCCAAAAAGAGUGUAAGAGGUAUCACAAAACAACAGCUUAUUGAAAUAC